AAGUUCGGUACUUUUUGACUAAAAUGGGGAAACUUAGAUGGGGUAUUUGCACAGCAGGAAAAAUUGCUCAAGACUUUUCAAACGCUAUUUGUGACCUAAAGGACCAUGCAAUCCAGGCGAUCGCAUCACGGUCUCUGGAAAGAGCAGAAGAAUUAGCUGAAAAAGUAGGAGCAAAAUCGAGCUAUGGAAGCUACGACUCUCUCGCCGCUGACCCCAAUGUUGAUAUCGUGUACAUUGGGAGCGUUAACAUUGCUCAUAUCCCUCUUUGCAAGCUGUUCCUGAAUGCCAAGAAACAUGUCCUGUGUGAAAAGCCCCUUGGUGUACAUUCUAAAGAAGUUGGUGAAGCAAUUGAUGUUGCAAGACAGAAUGGUGUGUUUUUCAUGGAGGGUUUAUGGAGCAGAUUCUUCCCCGCAUAUGACAAGAUCAGAAAGCUACUUUCAGAUGGAGAGAUUGGAGAUGUUAGAUUCAUCACAGCGGAUUUCUGUUUGAAUGGGACUAGUAGCGGAAUCUGCCAUGAUAAAAGUGUGGGUGAUGGAGCCCUAUAUAAUGUAGGGAUCUACCCAAUCCAACUGGUGACCAUGGUAUUAGGACCAAACCCAACCUUGGUUCAAGGGGUUGGAGGCAUGACACGAACAGGUGUUGAUGAGAUUUGCGGUAUCACCUUGAAGUAUCCGGACCACAAGAUCGCUACCAUGGUAACCAGUAUUGCAGCCGACAGUAACAAUGUCGCCAGUAUUGUCGGCACCACAGGGAGAAUAAAUUUAACAGACAGCUUCCACGCCCUCAGUAAAGUGGAGUUAGUCCGAGGGUUUCCUGCACCAGGCAUGUUUGAAAAAGAAGUCUUUGAUUUCCCUCUCCCUACCUCUGAACGAUCUUUCAAUUACCCUGGAUCCGUUGGGUUUCAAUACCAAGCAAAUGCAGUCAAGGAAGCAAUAGAUGAAGGAAGGACAGAGCAUCCCCUCCUGACUUGGUCAGAAACCUUAGCCAUCCACAAGAUCAUGGACAAACUUAGACAUGACGUUGGAUAUUACAGACCAGAAGAGGAGAAUGGAAAGGAGGGAUCGGUGUAAACUAAAUCUUCCUCAUAUUGUGAUUGAAUUCCUCUGUAAUCUAGAAAACAGUAAG